CGUUACGCGUGUUUCGAUAUUUGUGUUCUGGAAUUGUGGAAUUUCGGAUGCUGGCCAAGAGAUAACGACCCGGGGCAGUGGCACUCUUGGGCGGCCUUAUCACGGGGCUGCGGGUCAGGGGUUAUCAGCGCCGCUUAUCAGCCGAGUCGCUCUCAAGCCAGCGGCGCGACGCUUGUUUUUUCCCGGCAGUUCCGAUUCGAACGCAGCCGUAUCCCCAGACAUGCAGCAGGCCCGCUCUACACUGCCCCAAAAGCUUCGGUUCUGCUUUAGUCGGGACCUGAACACCAAAGCUGGCCAGCGGGCUAACUUCGCCUCCAGAAAGCUGAGCGGAGCUUUAACUCGCGGCCCCUCCGAGAACCAGACGCCAUCGCCAUCGCCAUCGCCAUCGGCACUUCUUCCCUCGAUCAGACGAUAUUCGGACUGCAAACGGAGCACUUUCAAGGACAUGGCCGAUCAGAAGUUGCUGCAAACCCCGCUGGAGCAGGGCGAUCCCGAGCUGGCCGAGCUGAUCAAGAAGGAGAAGGAGCGCCAGCGCGAGGGCCUCGAGAUGAUCGCCAGCGAGAACUUCACCUCGGUGGCGGUGCUGGAGAGCCUGAGCUCCUGCCUGACCAACAAGUACUCCGAGGGAUAUCCCGGCAAGCGGUACUACGGCGGCAACGAGUUCAUCGACCGCGUGGAGCUGCUCGCCCAGAAGCGGGGCCGCGAGCUGUUCAACCUGGCCGAGGACAAGUGGGGCGUGAAUGUGCAGCCCUACUCCGGCUCGCCGGCCAACCUGGCCGUCUACACGGGCGUGUGCCGUCCCCACGACCGGAUCAUGGGCCUGGACCUGCCCGACGGCGGCCACCUGACCCACGGCUUCUUCACGCCCACCAAGAAGAUCUCGGCCACGUCGAUCUUCUUCGAGAGCAUGCCGUACAAGGUGAACCCGGAGACGGGCAUCAUCGACUACGACAAGCUGGCGGAGGCGGCCAAGACCUUCCGGCCGCAGAUCAUCAUUGCCGGCAUCUCGUGCUACUCCCGGCUGCUGGACUACGCCCGCUUCCGCCAGAUCUGCGAUGACGUGGGCGCCUACCUGAUGGCCGACAUGGCCCAUGUGGCGGGCAUAGUGGCCGCCGGCCUGAUUCCCUCGCCCUUCGAGUACGCCGACAUCGUGACCACCACCACGCACAAGACGCUGCGUGGUCCGCGCGCCGGCGUGAUCUUCUUCCGCAAGGGAGUGCGCAGCACCAAGGCGAACGGCGAGAAGGUGCUGUACGAUCUGGAGGAGCGCAUCAACCAGGCGGUGUUCCCCUCGCUCCAGGGUGGCCCGCACAACAAUGCCGUGGGCGGCAUAGCCACCGCCUUCAGGCAGGCCAAGACGCCCGAGUUCAAGGCCUACCAGACGCAGGUGCUCAAGAACGCCAAGGUGCUGUGCGACGGCCUCAUCGCGCGGGGCUACCAGGUGGCCACCGGCGGCACCGAUGUCCACUUGGUGCUGGUGGAUGUGCGCAAGGCGGGUCUGACGGGCGCCAAGGCCGAGUACAUCCUGGAGGAGGUGGGCAUUGCGUGCAACAAGAACACGGUGCCGGGCGACAAGUCCGCCCUGAAUCCCUCGGGCAUCCGCCUGGGCACUCCUGCGCUGACCACCCGUGGUCUGGCCGACAAGGACAUCGAGCAGGUGGUGGCCUUCAUCGAUGCGGCGCUGAAAGUGGGCGCCCAGGCGGCCAAGUCGGCCAGCAGUCCCAAGCUGGCCGACUACCACAAGGAGCUGGCCGAGAACGCGGCCAUCCAGGGCCAGGUGGCCGAGAUCCGCAAGAACGUGGCCCAGUUCAGCAGGCAGUUCCCGCUGCCCGGCCUGGAGAAGCUGUAGGCUCCGACGCUUUUUGCUCCUUUUUUUUUGCAACACCCUCGAAAACGGACACUAUCGCUUUCCACAAAACGCAGGUGGAAUUAGUAGUUAAGUCAUUAAACGCAUUUCAAUUCACAUACCAUAA